AUGUUAUUAAAACUACAGAGUCGUAAUAGAGAUUUAUGGACAACGAUUUGGAGCUUGCAACAUGAAAAAGAACAUAAUAGUGGAAUUCGUUUUACUCGCAGCACACAAUCUGAGAACAGAAAUACUCGAUGGCUUUAUCGGCAUAAAUACAGCGGUGUUGUUUCGAAUCCAAAUACAAAUUCUUUCGUGCCAAAUCAGAUGAGAUUACAACGAGCAUACGGUAAUGAUGGAUAUGAUGGUGAUGAAAUAAAGAAAUCAACUACUCAUGAUAGUUAUGAUGGAAUUUAUGAUAACCAUCUAAAAAAAAAGAUGAAAGCUGAAAAAUGUCAGUUAAAACUUUGGAUUAAUUAA